CACAAAGGCAGGUAUUUUCUCUCGUCAGUGGCGGGAAAAUUAAAGUCCAAAGUGCACACACACAGCUGGCAACAGGGAGCUGACAGUCGGGUUAUCAUAAGAUGGCUAACGCUACGCUCCAGUCGUUCAAUGUCUUCCUCACGGAGAGAUUAACCGCAGCUGCUGUAGACAUCUACGGGUUUGUUGAGAAGACAAUCGUGGACUACCAAGAGGAGGUGUACCAAACCAAGCUGGAGAACCAGAGGCUGCAGAGGCUGCUGGAUUUGGUCUACAAGCCAGAGAUAAGGCUGCAGAGGGCAGAUUCAAGGCAGAUCGAACUGCCCACACCGACACAGGAGGUUUUUGCUCAGGAGAAGCAGGUUAAGACGGAAGAUAUUCCCAGUGAGGCAAAACAGGAUCCAUCCAACAUGCCCAUUAAAGAGGAACUGACCGAGACUGUGGACUCACCGGUAUAUCAGGCGUACAGCAGCGAUACAGACACCCUCACUGCGAGCGUCACAGUUGGAGAGCAUGAAGAAAAUCAGAUGCCAGACAAUUUAACUCCAGUUGUGACAGUCAGAGAGCACUUGGAAUAUGACAUGCCAUCACAGGAUGACCAACCGUUACCAUCGUUUGGAGUAUAUCCGCCAUAUACAAAGAAGUUAGAAUUGCACCUCGCAACUCCUGCAGAAACGAGUUCACCAACCUCCAGCAACAACAUGAUCUCCCAAACCAGAAAGCACACAGACGAGAAACCUUACGCCUGUCCCAUUUGUGGGAACAGAUACAAGAUGACAUGUCAUAUAAAAGAACACAUGAGGACUCACACUGGAGAACGGCCUUACCUCUGCUACACCUGUGGGAAGAGCUUCAACAGAUCUUCGAACAUGACUAAACACGCCCAGACCCAACACAAGGAGAGCAAGCCCUUCAAGUGCAUCUGUUGCGGCCAGCGAUUUCGUCUGCUCGUUGUGUUCAAACGCCACAUGAAGAAGGUCCACUUGGUCAAAAUCUCUGCAGCUGAUCCCAAAGAUAGCAAACAGCCAACUACACCGCCACCAUCGGAGGAGACGCUACCUAAACAGCCGGAGUGGAGCCCAGGUGUGUGCCAGGAUGAGCCGGGACCCUCCCAGAUUAAAGAGGAGGAAGAGCAGCAGAAGGAGGAACUGUGGAUCAACGGGAUCGACGAGCCACCUUCAGCAGACGAGAGCGAUGACGGAGACGCUUUGACGAAAGAACUAAUAAAAACAGUGCAACAGUUAGAAGACUGCAGAGCCGCAGAGGAGAGCAGAGAGUCAGAGCCAACCCCCGCAGAGGAUCCAGAAACCUCUGAAGAGAAGACCAGCACCACCUUGUACCGCUGCCACAUAUGCAACUACAUAUUCACCAAAAAAAAUGUGCUUACAUGGCACCUCAAGACGCAUGAAAGCAAGUCACAUGACAGCAAGGGGAACUUUGACUGUCACAUAUGUGGCAAACACAUACCCUGUCAGAGCAAUCUGCAGAACCACAUGAGAGUGCACACAGGAGAGAGACCCUACAGCUGCCAUUUCUGUGGCAAGUGUUUUAAACUGAAAGGACACAUGACAGAACAUAUAAGAACUCACACAGGAGAGAAGCCUUUCAGCUGCCACAUCUGUGACAAAUCUUUCAACAGGGGCUCAACUCUGAGAAAACACGUAUUAGCCAAACAUAAAGAGGAGAGACCGUACAAAUGUGGGGAUUGUGAUGAGUUAUUUACAGAGAGGCUGCUGAUGAAGAGGCACAUGCGGAAAGUACACGGAGUCAAACUGUCCACCAGUCAAAGUCCUGCCUAGCACUUCUGAACAGACGCAAUUAUGAUGCAUGUUGCGUACAGUCCAGAGUCAUAAAGACUAAGGCUAGGUUUCUUUUAAAAUAUUUGGAUACUAGCUCCAGCGAAUUUUGGUACUAAUGCCAGAACCUUUUUUCAAAAUGUCUCUUUUUUUGGAUUGUAAUCGCACUACACUACAAAUUCUGUUUUUGUUCAUGAAGCAAAUGUUGAUGUUGUCUUGUGUAAAUAUUCAUACAAGAACUUUAGGAAAGCAUAACACAAUCUAUAAUUGUCAACAUGUGCAUUUAAAAGGGGUUGUUUGAUAUUUUAGGAGCUACGCUUUCUUGCCUAAAGUUAGUUGAGUCGAUGUAAGGAGGUGAUAGCUUAGCUUAGCAUAAAGACAGAGAGCAGAAUAGCCUGGUUCCAUUUCAAAGAUCAAAAAUACACCUUGUUUAGAAAACUAAUGUCCUCCAUCAAGAUAGAUUGUAGUAAGAUGUGUAUCUAAAAGAUAUAGCUUCAGAGGUGCUGAUUGGUGUAUUAUUGAACUUUUGACAGACCCAAGCUAGCUGUAGUUCAGUUUCAUCCAUUCCUAAUGCUAAGCUAACAUUCACCUGGCUCUAGCUCCAAAAAAUGCACACACAUGGUAUUACUUAAAAGAUGUUGUUGUUCAACACCCACUCCUUGUAGAGGCCCAUUAGAUACACAAAAUACAAACAUGGAAAAAUACAGACAAUGUAGGGCUGUCUGUAUUCUACAAAUGCAGAGUCCCAUUGACUCUUCAUGCUUCAGAAAACUGAUUCAAAGUGCUGCCUGUCUGAAAUUGUGGACCACUUACUAAACUUCAGAUGUGCUGAACAUUUAAAUACUAUUUUCCAUUUCUUUUGUUUUCAUUACCUCUGGUAAUCAUUCAUAUGAACCGCUAGAACUGUAUUCUGUGGCAUAAAAAAAGGUAAACAGAUACCUAUCAACCAUUUUAACACAAUGGUGUUACAUUAUCUGUUCACUAGUGACGUAGUGUUUGUGUUGUACUGUACAGUUGUUUUAUAUAUUUAUUGAUAUUGUAUAUUCUUUUUAUUUAUUUGUAUUUGCCACAUCCAGUUCAGUAUUAUGAUGUGUUGUAAAGCCAGCCACAUGCACAUGAAAGUAUAAAGCUAAAAAAACACAGUGAGCUGUAAAGGAAUGGCAAAAUGCAUAACUUGUGUUGUCUUUUCAUUUUUGUAUCACAUAUAUGUGAAAUGUAGCUGUUCAGGAGUAAAGCUAGUUUUUAGAAAUAAUUACGUUAGAGUCAGACUUAUUGAAGAUGAUCUCCUUAGCUGUAACAACUGUCUGCAUUUCUGCAAAGUGUGGCUGUGUGUGUCAGGGCGAAACACCAAGCAGCAGUCUGCACUCUCAUCUGUAAGCAUCACGCAAAGAAUUUAGAUAAGAUAAGAAGAACAACUAUGUACUGUGAUAUACGAUACUAAAAGUAGUAUGUUCUUACCCCUACCUGCAGAGGCUUGCCCGGACCGAGAACCGACUUUGGCUUUUAAUUUCCUCAAGUCAGUCACACAAGGACACCGCUCAGGUGACAUGCAAAUAAAGGUGAUUGGGCAGGACGGAUUAUCCGUCUGCAGGGGGCGACGUGUUGCUUCAAAUGUGAGUGCAGGUUCUAUAUCUCUUCAGUAGAUGGCAAAUGACCCUUCUCUUACUGG